CGUAUCAACAAAACAAUAAUAAUGAGAACUUUGAAUUAGUGGCAUUUUGAUAAUUCAACUUCGAGGAUUGCUGUACUAGUUUAUUUUAAAAAGGAGUAUAAAACGAAACAUAUGAUUUAGAAGUGAGUCAGGAUCGAGAAGAGAGGGAAGAUAAGGAUAUGGCGAUGAAGAUGGAGGGAGCUUUGCCAUAUGUGGGAAUGAUUUCAAACCAGUUCGCUCAAGUAGGGUUGAUGAUUGUGGGCAAAGCCGCCAUCUCUAGCGGAAUGACCAAUUUCACCUUCGUCUUCUACUCCAAUCUUCUUGCUGCCCUUCUACUCCUCCUCCCUGCUUUCCUCUUCCAAGGGUCAACUCGCCCACCACUCUCCUUUUCACUCAUCUGUGGGUUUUUCUUGCUUGGAAUUCUUGGAUGCACAGCACAACUUACUGGGUAUACUGGAAUUAACUACACUUCAGCAUCUUUUGCCUCUGCAAUGCUCAACCUGAUUCCAGGUUUUACUUUUCUACUUGCCAUCACUUUCAGAAUGGAGAAACUGGAUCUUGCCAGCUCAAGUACCAUGGCCAAAGGUAUCGGGACAAUUGUCUCAAUUAUUGGAGCAUUCAUUGCUACUCUCUGUAAGGGACCACAAAAUUUGACGAUGUCAGCCUCUACAAGAUCCAACUUGCGUCAUUUAUAUUUACCCCAAUUAGACUUGACCUGGAUUAUUGGAGCAGCAUUCCUGUUAGUUGACUGCUUGGCUUCGUCUGCUUUUCUAGUUGCACAGGCAUCCAUUCUUAAGAUUUACCCAGUAGAGCUGGUCGUGGUCUUCUUUUACUUCCUCUUUACGGCCAUUCUCUCUGCACUUGUUUCGCUAAUUGUGGACAGGGACAUCAAUGCUUGGAUGUUAACGCCUGAUAUGAGGUGGCUUGCUGUCAUAUACUCGGCGGUUUUCGGCUCUGCAUUCCAAGUCAGUGUAGUUGUCUGGUGCAUACGCAAGAAAGGGCCUCUUUUUGUUGCUGUGUUUCAUCCAUUAGGGAUUGUAAUUGCUGCUGCGCUGGGCAUAAUCUUUUUAGGGGACAUUUUCUAUGUUGGAAGUUUGGUGGGAUGGACUAUAAUUGUUAUCGGAUUCUACUGUGUGAUGUGGGGAAAAUCUAAGGAAAUGAGGGUGGCCAAUGACAACUUGGCAGUAAACAUUGAGUCCCGAGGUGAUAAGGCUCCUCUACUAGAAAAUGGAGAUGGGGAGGCUGGAAUUUAAUGCCAAAGAUCAGCGGACAUGUCUGCACAACUUACAGCGCAGUCUGCAGAAUGGAUAAAAACAAGUGGAUGCAGAUUGGCUUGUAUGUAUCAACGAAAGUCCUCCGAAAAUUAAAGGGAUUGUGUGUGUAUAGCUGCAAAUUAAGGUAAGACAACCAUUUACCAUCGUAUAUGCGUGCCUUCAUUGGUCUUUUUUUAAAGGCAAUUGAUAGAACGAGAUUUGUAUCUACGUCAUGCUACAAUCACACCACGGAUGAUACCAAGGUUGACACUGCAAGUCUCUUAUAUUGAUAAUGACUGUCUCACGGCGUGAGUAAUUAUCUAUAAUGAUUUCAAUCUCUGUAUCAUCCCUUGAGUUUAAGUAGAAUUUUCCGUUGUAUAUAUGGUUCCUCAUGGUGAACAAAUAAACCAUUGUAAAAGAGAAUUCACACGUCAAUAUUGUUUUAUAAAAAAGACUAAUUCAAAUG